AGUCACCCGCCUCCCCGACUCUCUUACCGCAGUCAGGGACCUCCUCCUAGAACUUGACCCCACCGACCUCACUGUCGACCUGCUCGAGAAGCACCUCCUAGCAGCUGAGACUAGCAUAGUCGCUGUAGGCGCUUCUCAUGGCACUCCUCGCACCCCCUUCUUUGAGGGGUGUUCGCCCUCCCCCCUUCUCCCCUCAGUCGCCUCUGCUGCAGCUGUUGACUACCUUCGUGCUAAGGAGGUAGGAGCUGCGUCUGCCCCUAGUGGGAGGCGCCGCAACUGCAGGGGCAGAGGAGGCAGGGGCGGUGGGGGAGGCAGAGGUGGAGGCGGUGGUGGGGGCGGUGGAGGCGGUGGUAGGGGCGGCGGUGGAGGAGGUAAUGGUGGUGGGGGCGGCGGGGCAGGUGGCGGCGGUGGUGGCGGCAGUGGGAGUGGUGGCGGCAGCGGUAGUGGCGGCGGUAGUGGCGGCAGUGGGGGUGGAGGCGGUGGCAGUGGGGGCGGCAGGGGUGGCACCAGCCAGAGGGGAGGCCUUGCAGGUGGCCAGCGGCAGCAGCAGCGUCAGCCCCUUUCGUCUCGGGAGCUCCGUGAGUGGUUUGCUCAGCGUGAGGCGGCUGGGGGUAGUGGUCCCUGCCCGUAUGUCAUUCGCACAGGUGACCGCACUGGUCAGACAUGCGGGAGGUCUCACACUCAGCACCGCUGCUUCUACCGCCUUACCGACGCCUUCCGCGCAGAGUUCCCCGACGCGGCUGAGCUCCCCGACUGGGCAGCGCUGCUUAGGCAGAAUGUUGAUAUCUUUGCUCUAGACUUUGAUGCUAUCCUAUCUGCCAUGUAUGCAUUGACUGUUGGUGCUGAGGGUGACUGUUACCUGUGUAUGCCGCCAGACCCAGGUAUAGAGGCUGCUAUUCUAGGUGCUGGUGAGUCUGCUGCCCUAGGUGCUGGUGAGUCUGCUCUCUCUGGUACUGCGUCUGCUGCGGCCUUGCACACCUUCACGCUUGACUCAGGUGCCUCCCGCUGUUUCUUUCGCGACAGUACCACAGUCACACCGCUUACUGCACCUGUGGCUGUGUCUUUGGCUGACCCCUCUGGGGGCCCAGUCCUUGCACGUUCCUCCACUGUUCUGCCCUGUUCGGCGGUUCCGUCUGGGUCACUGUCAGGUCUCCACCUCCCCUCGUUCUCUACGAACUUGGUGAGCACUGCUGUCCUCCAAGAUGCGGGGGUUGACACCUUCACCCUUGGACGGCAGCGUGUGGCGAUCUGUACGUGCUCCCGGACGGGUCGCCACCUGGCCACGUUCUCCCGUCGUCCUGGGUCGAGUUUGUACACACUGACUACUGCGCCUCCUCAGGUAGUUGCGUCUAGGUCUGUAUCAGGUCAGCUUGGGGCCCCCUGCUCGUGUCACGCCCUGUCGCACCAGACGCUCCUUUGGCACCACCGUCUUGGACACCCCUCCGUGGCACGCCUCCGUGGCAUGCACUCCCGUCUCCUUGUCUCUGGUCUUCCCAGGUCUCUGCCUCCACUCCCACCGUCGCCUGCCCUUCCAUGCCUUCCCUGUGUCGAGGGGCGGCAGCGCGCCGCUCCUCACUCCUCCUCGUUCUCCCCGACAGAGGCUCCCCUGCAGACUCUCCACCUGGACGUGUGGGGCCCAGCCCGAGUCCGUGGACAGGGCCACGAGCGGUACUUUCUGCUGGUUGUCGACGACUACUCGCGUUACACCACGGUCUUCCCCUUGCGCCGCAAGGGGGAGGUCCCUGAUGUUCUGAUCCCUUGGAUCCGCGCUGUUCGUCUCUAG